AUGAUCAAUUAAAACAACAAAAUGGUCUCAUAAUCAACUAAAUGAAUUAUGAUCACUGACGAAAGUCGUGUAACAAUGAAUAUAAGUGCAAAGUGCAAUUACAGGAAGUUUCACAAUGGGUAGACUUUAAAAAGAAAAAGAAAAAGAAAAAAAGAGGUGUUGAAAGAUGAAGUAACAACUCAGAGGCAAUUAUUUAGUCUACAAACUCAUAUAAAUUGUAUAUAGGCAAUAAUUAUUAUAUUGGAAGAUGAAGAAGAUAUUAUAUGAAUUAUACAAAAGUAUUAUUUUUCUUUUCAUUUAGCUAAUUCAUUGUAAUUUGUAUAAUAUGUAUUUUUAAGAGAACUUCAUACGAUAAGUAGUAUUCUUUACAUUUUUAAAAAAAUUAUAAUCUUAAAUGUAAAAAAUAAAAAUAAAACACUCAAGCAUUUGAUCCUUCUUUUAAUUGAAUAUAACGUUAUUGAUUAAAUUGAAUUGUGAUUUGAAAAUAUAAACAAAUAAAUUAGGAGAAUAAUAACAACACCUCAUAGUUUAAAGUAAGUAUAGAAGUUGUAAAAUGUUGGAAACCGAAGAAGAAAAACUGCAGAAGCAUACGGAUGCGUGAUAGUGUUUAGUCAGAUCAGGUGUAGGUAAUUCAAGCAUUCUGAGCCGAGACUAAGCUGUUCAUUCCAAUUAAAAAGAUCAGCUUUCGUGUUUGAUCAGUUUAUGUGCGACUAAUUUUAUUUACAUUUGAGAGGAAAAUAAGAAGAACUGGAACAGGGUGAUGGCUGUUGCAAAGCUACAAUUCUCUGUUCGUCCUCUUUGUCGUUCUUUUAUCUCUUCAGCAAGAAUGCUUGAAGAAUCCAUUAAAGCUGUGGUGGAAGAUAAAAGAUAUGAACAGAUUCCUGAUAUUCUAAGCUCUUCGGAAGGGUUUCACCGCACUUCGAAUCCCUUUUCAUUUUUAUCCAAUUUUCCUGAAAACACAGGUGUCAGAAUUGUUGACGAAAUUUUACAGUCUUUUACUCCGAUCAGGCCUCGUUAUCGCCCUCAAAUUGCAUAUUCCUGCCUCCUUUCCUACAGUCUCCAAACCUCAAAUCCUCUCCCACUUGCUCUUGCCAUUCUCCAGCGUACCCUUCGCUCUGGCUGCAUUCCGGUACCUCAAACUCACCUCCUACUCUCCACUGCAUGGAUGGAACGUCGGAGUAAAUCCCAUUCUGUUUCAAGCAUAUUGUUGGAAAUGCAGGAUAUUGGAUAUGCACCUGAUUGUGGCACUUGCAAUUACCUGAUCUCAUCGCUUUGUAAGGUUGAUCAGAUAGAUGAAGCAGUUAAUGUAUUGAAGGGCAUGGGCCGUGCUGGUUGUAGUCCAGAUUUGGAUUGUUACGGUUCUUUAAUUGACAACUUGUCCGAGCUAAGACUGACGUCUGCUAUCAUAAAGUCAUUGAAUGAAAUGGUUGCCAUAUUUGGCUUGAGCCCCAGAAAUGAAACUUUGGUCAAAGCUUUGGCAGCAAUACGGGCUAACAAAGAGAUAAGGAGAGCAAUUGAAGUAAUUGAGUUCUUAACAAAUGAGGGUGUGCAUGUUGGAUUCGAGUGCUACCAGUCAGUCCUUGAAGGGUGCUUAGAGAGCCGGCAGUUUCUUUUAGCUGGUAAGAUUGUGAUAGAAAUGACCAAGAGAGGCUUUAUACCAUACAUAAGGUCAAGGCAAAAGGUUGUCGAAGGCCUGACAAGUAUUGGUGAGUGGAAACUUGCCAAUGCCGUGAGACAGAGGUUUGCAGAGCUAAGGUCGUAGUUCGAUGCAUACUGUGAAUCAGUAAGCUUUAUCGAAAGGGAUCAAGAUCAUUAUCCAGACUGAAGGUAUGACUGUAAAAUCAGCAACUCCGUUGGGAGUCCUCUCAGAACUUAGGUACUGUAUAUCACUUUAUAGUUUGUUGAUUAGUUUAUGAAACUCAAAGCUCGUUGCAUUUU